AUGGGCGUGAGGAGAACCAUGCUGGGCACAAUAUCAGAUAGUGGCUUGGAUGAUGUUUUGCUGAUAUGGCGUCGGGCGCAGGUGUUACUAAAAGAAUGUUUGAAUUCUUGUAGUAUGGUGAGGCCUCCGUAUGACCAGAUUGCUAGGACAAUGAAGAUGAUGGCCAUGGCAAUGCAACAGCAGAGUGCUCACUUUGCUCAGAUGGAGGUAGGUAGAGCUGUUGUUGAGGUAGUUAGACCAAUGAUCUCUUGGGAUGGGAGAGAUUUGGCAGAGUUCAGGAGAUGUCAGCCUCUUCAGUUCAAGGGGGAUUCAAAUCUUGAUGUUGUAGAUCAGUGGUUGUGCGAGAUGGAGAAGAUAUUUAGUGUUUUGGGAUCUUCUAAAGAGACAAAGUUGGCCUAUGUAGUGUAUAUGCUAGCGGGCAAGGCUGAGUACUGGUGGAGAGGCACCAGGCAAAUGUUAGAGAGCAGAGGUGUAGUGGUUGAUUGGGAUUGCUUCAGGAAGGUCUUUUUGGAGAAGUAUUUCCUAGAUAGCGUUAGAUACGCUAAGGAGAUUGAGUUCAUGAGAUUGCAGCAGGGGAGCAUGUCUGUUUCUGAGUAUGCUACGAGGUUUGAGCAUUUGGCCCAUUUUUACUCUCAAGCCAUAUCUGAGGCUUGGAGAUGUAGGAAGUUUGCAGAGGGGUUGAGACAUAAGCUGAAGAAAUUUAUUGUCCCUAUGUCCAUUGUAGAGUUUCCUGCCUUGGUUGAGAAGGAAAAGACGGUGGAGACACUGGAGAGUGGUGGUGGAGGCAGCAAGGCUGCGAGAGUCAAGGAUGGAUCAUCAGGAUCCAAGAGGGGAGGCCAGUAG